AGCGCCCCAUCACCACCCUCUGCUGGGGCCACCGGGACUCCCGUCUUUUCCUGGCGUGCGGCCCGGCGCUCUACGUGGUGCGCGUGGAGCACCGUGUCGCCAGCCUGCAGCUCCUCUGCCAGCAGGUCAUCGCCACGGCCGUGAAGGAGGAGAAGGACGUGGCCAAGCUCACCAUGCCGUCACGCCUCUGCUCCUACGUCACGUCCGCUUUUAACCCCACCGUCAGGCAGCCCAUUCCAGACCCCAACAACAUGCGCGACUUUGUGAGCUACCCAACAGCUGGCAAUGAGCGUCUGCAUUGUACAAUGAAGCGUACAGAAGACAACCCAGAGGUGGGGGGUCCCUGCUACACUCUGUACUUGGAGUACUUGGGCGGUCUGGUGCCCAUCCUCAAAGGCCGACGCAUCAGUAAAUUGCGGCCAGAGUUUGUCAUUAUGGAUCCUAAAAUGGAUGGAAAAACAGACGAGAUAUAUGGCAAUAGCCUGAUAUCAGCAAUGAUUGACAGCUGUAACUGCUCGGACUCGAGUGAUAUCGAACUCAGCGAUGACUGGGUCGGCAAGAAGUCUCCAAAAAUAUCCCGGGGCAGUAAGUCCCCCAAGCUUCCCAGGUGAACAAUCCCACACCAUUAUUUUC